AUGAAACGAACGCCAGUCGUAGUCGGCCAGCCGGCCCCAGAAGCCUUGGAAGCUCUAGGUGUGAGGCCGGACGGGCUGAGUGCUUUUGCGGCUAGAAGCGCGAGCAAGGACUUGAGGACCUUCGCUAGCUUCGCGGGACAGGUCUGCGUUUCGCGACCUGUCCGCGUGCUUCGGACUAUGGGCGGCGGGGGAGGCCGCCGCAACAAAGGCUGGGGAAAGCAGAAGGGAAAGCAAGCCCAGAGAGAUCCCCGCCACAACUGGGACGACUUGGAGUUCCUCAUGGUCAAGGCCCUUAGGCACGGGAGCUGCCGAUCGAAGUACGGCGUCCACAAGUUGCGAGGGAAACUCCAGCAGGAUGGCUGGGUGGAAGUCCGUGAAGUCGCAAGGGCUUUCGAAGUCCAAGAAAAGGAUAUCGUCGACCUAGUGGCCUGGGUGGAAAGCGAUGGUCGGAAGAAACGGCGGGCAGAGCUGAGCAGAGAUGGGAAGUUCAUCCGCGCCGGCCAGGGGCAUUCCGCUGACAGCGGGCUUACCCGCGAAGACUUCAAUGACGAUCAGGAUCUGCCGUUUGAUGACGACACCGUUCUCGUUCAUGGAACGUUCCGGGAUCGGGUAGUCUUGAUCGGCUAUGAUGGCCUGAAAGCAGGCGGAGGUGGAGACAUGACGGUCAACAGGCUGUUCUGUCAUUGGGCGGCAAAUGCAAUUGGCAAGGAAGGGCAAAAGUCAGGGGUCAGGAGCGGCACAGACGUCGCUGCCAUAACCACAGUGGGAACGUUACGAGCGCACCGAAUCGGAAUGCGACUCGGUGGUGACAAUGUCGUCCUGACCGAUGAUGUGCCAAAGCAGUGUAUCCUCCGCAUUAGUGUCUUUGACAGUGCGCUAGGAAAAGAGGGCGAGGUUCUCUGGACGCGGUCAUACGUGGUCCCGCGCAGAGCGCUCCAGUGGCUGGAGAAGGGGCCGCGUCGUCAUCUGCUUGCAUGUGAAGUGAAGCAGGAGACUGGUGAAGUAAAGCAAGAGACCUCGACGGCGGUGAAGGAAGAAGAGUCUGCUUCCUCAGGAGGGGAGGAGUCCACUUCAUCGUCCAGCAGUAGCACUGAUGAGGAGAUUACUGUGGAAGAAGAGCCCCCUGCCAGUGCAAAGAAGGAAGUCGCCUCUCCGGAAAGUGGCGCAAAAAAGGAGGCCGCCUCAAGCACUAGCUCUAUGGAAGAAAUCGAAGUCGAAGAAGGGCCAUCGCGGGCCGGGUCGGCGUUUUCGCGACCUGGCCGCGAGGAGGACCUGCCGCGGGCCGGGUCUGCGUUUCCGCGAUCUGGCCGCGGAAUCCUCCCGGAGAACAAGGAUGAGACACCCGCGAAUAAACUGCGCGGGGAGAUGACGGCUGAAGAGCUCCGCGAAGUGUGGGCCGAGCCCCGACGGCAUCCGGGCCAACGGCUCAUAGAGACGACUCUGGCUGCUGCAGCUACUUCAGAGCUGACCUACCAGUAUGGGAGUGCCGGGGGACUGACCAGUCUGGUCGAAAAGCAGCAGGAGCGUCCGACAGCGGGCGGAGAAGAUGAGCUCCAACGCCGCCUCCGUGUGAUAGCCGGUAGCGCGACGGUGUCUGCGGCCGUGCGCAAAAGAUCAGGCAGAGAUGAGGCAGCCGGUGAGGCGCAAGACUAUGGCCGGGACGUUGCCGACGCUUCUGCCGAAACCAGUGCACGGCUUGCGGCGGCAAGAGCUUCGUGCCCAACGCGCGCACCCGUGCCUAACGCCGACAGCCGGUUUGCCGCGGGACUUCGGGCCGAAGAACCGGUCCGGAAACUCAAGAAGCAGUUGAGGUCGCGGCUCCGAGCAAAGGACCACCGGAAGGGAGUCCAGCUGGGAGAUGCCCAGCGCAGGCUGGCCGCACCGGCUGCCGCGGCUCCAAGGUUAGCAGUCGGGGCCGCGUGGAAUAUAGAUGAUGGAUUAGGUGAACUCACCUACAAGGCAGGAAGUUGGGUCUGCAGGCUCUGCGGGACAGUUAGUCCUCCCGAUGCUAAUGAAUGCGUCGGUUGGGUCAGCGGGUCGCAGUGCACUGGCACAUACGACCGCGACUGCCGGCGUCUUGCGUCGGCUCGCCCCGCUCAGUCCGCAUUGCCUGCCGCAGAGAAAAGAAAAGCCAAGAGAGAAGCGGGAGUAACAAAGAUCGAACAGAUCCUUAAGGAGAAGUCAUGGGACUGUGAUCACUGUGGAAAAGGGAACCUGUCCUUCAGGUUUAAGUGCUAUAAAUGCAGUUAUCCCCGUCCUUCUCAAGAGGAUUCCUCGGAGGAGGAAGUUCGCCAGGAGUCGGAGGCCGUGAGGAAGGCCAACGAAGAGUUUCUGGCUCAGAAAAAGGCGCACAAACUCCGCGGCCACCGCAAGCGAGCCGGGAGGCGCCACAAGAGCGAGGGCCAUAAGAAAAGGGAGAGGGCCGGGUCUGCUGGGUCAGCGGCGGGGCUUGCGUUUCGCAGCCCUCGCGCGACCAGGAGGAAGAGAUCGACCAAGAAGCGCCGGCGCUCUGGUUGGUCUGUGUCGCGGAAGGCUCGCAACAAGAAGGCCCAUGCGGACAAUGGCAAUGGGCUAUCGGCCAACAAGCUAGGGUUGGUCAUAGCCGCCUUUUUGGCCCCGGUUGUGCGAAAGGUUCAGAUUGAGAUAGAAGAAAUUGUGGAGACCAGUUCGGAAGCGUUCCAAGUGGUGAUCGCGGAAGGUGGAGAGGAAGUAGCAUCCUUCGUUGAAACUGGUUUUAGGAUCGGAAAGGUCGUGCUUGCCGUUUUGGCAUGUUGGUGGGUAUCUCGAAAAAUGGCAAAUGCCUGGGUCCAUAUGACCAAUGGCAACUCUAUGGAGCCCCGGCUGCUGAGCUUCGAUGGUACCUCUUCGACCUGGCAAGUGAGAGGAACGAAGAAAGAUCAUAGAGUCCGAGUCAGUGGCAACAGCUCUGGUUGCGCUUGCCGCCAAUACUUGGCCUCUGGGACGUGCGACCAUGUGGCGUCCGCAGUGGCGGCCCAUCGGAAGAUGGUCGGCGCCGGGUCAUCCUCGAGUACUGCUGCUCGUGGCAUCGCGGCAAUGGGCGGAAGUGAGGAUCGGCCAAGGAAGUCCAUGGGUCUCGGCUUGGGGAGCUGUUUCCAAGGGCUUGUGGAAAAGGCGAAGACCCUGAAGGGCACAGAAGCUCCUCCGCAGACAAAUGCGAUUGAGGACGCCCAAGACUUCAAAAGAAAGGUCAUCAAGGAGUCCCUGAGUUUGGACAGCGGUCGAGGGAGCAACGUGGAUGAGCCAACGACAGCUCUUGAAGCUGGAUCAGUUGCCGUUCCCCGACCUAAGGCCUUGAAGGAUAAGGCUGAGAGCGAUGAUAUGGACCGAUGCAGGGUCAAGUUCCUGCGUGACGCUGAAACCUUUGACUGGCUCGUCCAAGUCUUGGAGUCCGUGGGGAAGGGCGGCCGUGUGCUGGUUCGGGCUUACUCUUUUGAUCAGCCAGAUGUGAUCAAUAGCCUGAAACAAGCAACCGAGAGGGGUUGCCUGACGAUGGUCGUCGCAGAUCGCUCGCAAGCCGCUGGAAAGACCAAGACGCAGCUCCAGAUGCUGAAGGAACUGAGAUCGUCUGGUGUGCGAGUCAGGCUGACGGAAGGACUCAAUGUCAGUCAGGCCUAUGAACGGGACAAUAGGUCCGUGAGGCUGGGGCGCAAAUUGCGCGGCCUACAGCACGGGAAGUCUGCGUAUGUGCAGACCGACCGGGAGGAUCGGCGCUCUCCGGUUCAGUUGGUCGUGGGGAGCUGCAAUCUUACGACCUCAUCGAAGGCCAACUAUGAGGCUGGGGUGGCGCUCGAGAUCUCUCAGGAGAGUGAAACAGCCAAGAAGUGGCUGCGCGCCUUCGAGGAAAUCUAUGAAGGAGGGAUCACGAUCGAAGAUCACGAAGGCGCGGCAUAA